AACACACAACACACACACACAAAUGGCUCCUCUAUCUUCCAAUCCUCACAUAGUGAUGUUCCCCUUCAUGUCAAAGGGCCACACGAUCCCCCUUCUCCACCUCACUCACCUCCUCCUCCACCGCGGCCUCGCCACCGUCACCAUCUUCACCACCCCCUCCAAUCUCCCCUUCAUCUCCGAAUCCCUCACCGCAACCACCACCACCACCACCACCGACCUCUCCAUUGUCGCCCUCCCCUUCCCCCAAAACAUCCCCGGCAUCCCCACCGGAGCCGAGAGCACAGACAAACUCCCCUCCAUGUCCCUCUUCAUCCCCUUCGUCCGCGCCCUCGAGCUCCUCCAACCCUCCUUCGAGAAAGAGCUAGAAAGAAUCCACGCACGUGUCUCCUGCAUUAUAUCAGACGGCUUCCUCCCCUGGACCUUAGCCUCAGCCUCCAAAUUCGGCAUCCCUCGCCUCAGCUUCUACGGCAUGAGCCACUACGCCAUGGCGGUGUCCAGAGACGCCGGCAUGAACGGCCUACUGUGGGCCCACGAGUCUGACAAUGGGGCCGUCCCCCUCGUCAGGUUCCCGUGGAUCCAGAUCACCAGAAAAGACUUCGAUGCGCCGUUCGAUCAGCGUGACCCGAGCGGUCCCCACAUGGAUUUCAUCAUCCAGUGCUCCACAGCGACACAGAACAGCUUUGGUUUGUUAGCUAACACUUUCUACGAGCUCGAGCCGAUCUACGCUGACUACUUCAACAAUGAUUGCAAGGCUAGAGCAUGGAGCAUCGGCCCGCUCUGUCUCACAAAGCUACCAAAAAGGUUUGAUGAGAAGAAAAAACCAUGGAUGGAAUGGCUCGACCGACGUCAUGGUCCAGUUCUGUAUGUCGCGUUUGGGUCACAGGUUCAAAUCCCGUCAGCUCAGCUCCAGGAAAUAGCCCUGGGGCUGGUAUCCGCGGAGGUGAGCUUCUUAUGGGUUGCGAAAAAGAGCGAGAUGAAUGAGUUAGAUGUGGAGACUGAAAGAGGACUAGUGGUGACGGAAUGGGUUGAUCAAGAGGAGAUUCUGGAGCACCCGAGUGUUGGGGGGUUCCUGAGCCACUGCGGGUGGAACUCGGUGCUGGAUGGGAUAUGCGCGGGAGUUCCGAUUCUGGCGUGGCCGAUGAUGGCGGAGCAAGGGCUGAAUGCGAAGAUGGUGGUGGAGGAGAUUAAGGUUGGGCUGAGGGUUGAGACGGUGGAUGGGAAAGCGAAGGGAUUUGUGAGUGCGGAGAGCUUGAGGAGAGGAGUGAGGGAGUUGAUGGAGGGCGGGAAGGGGGGAGAGGUGAGGGAGAAGGCGAAGGAGAUUGCUGCGGCGGCCAUCAAAGCUACCAGUGAAGGUGGAUCAUCGUGGAACGCUUUGAAUAGCCUUAUAGAUGAGAUACAGAGGCAGAAACAAAUCAACGGUUCUACAUCUUUUUGAAUUUAAUUUUCUUUUAAAAAUACUCCAAUUUAUGGAAUUUGACUUUUCUUUCAGAUUAAUGUCGGGUCAUAUCUCUUUUUUGGACGGUCCCGUUAUAGUUAUGUAAUUUCCUUUUUAUGCCAAAAUUUAAUCCAUUUUAUUUUUCACUUCAA